CUCUCGGAGCUCCCCUCUCGGCCCGGGAGGCGGCCUCGCCCCGCUGCUGCUGCUGGAGGAGACAAAGAGGAGCCGGGCUCAUGUCCGUCCGCCUGCAUCCGGACCUCUGCGGCCUCUCACCGAACCUGUCCGGGCUCCGAUGACGGCAGGCAUCAGGGAUCGAUAGCGGUGAUCGGCUCGGCUCAGGUCCGCUCAGGGUUGGGUUCGGGGGUUCCGGGAGGAGUCAUGGAGGGCGCCCCGGGAAGGACCUCCUCCCCCGGGCUGCUGCUGCUGCUGCUCCCGCUGUUGCUGCCGAGCUGCUGCUGGUCCGAGGAGGAGGUGCUGAUGAACACGAGACUUGAGACGUCGGAGCUUCGAUGGACAAACUAUCCGGCUGAAGAUCUGCAGUGGGACGAAGUGAGCGGGUUCGACGACGAGAAGAACAGCGUCCGGAUCAACGAGAUCUGCACGCCCAACAGUCCGUCCUCCUAUUGGCUGAGGACCCGCUGGAUCCCACAGAGGGCGGCGACCACGCUCUACGUCGAGCUCCGGUUCACGAUGGUGGAAUGUUCUGGUCUGAACCAGCGUCACUGUAAGGAAACCUUCAACCUGUACUACUACCAGUCGGACAGCGACGAAGCCACGCCCACCCACCCCGCCUGGAUGGAGAACCCCUACGUGAAGGUUGCCACCGUCGCCGCUGACCACCUGCGGCAGAAAGGCAGCCGUGAAGGCCGGUCCAACGCCAAGGUGCUGCGCCUGGAGGGGCUGCGGGGGGCGGGGCUUUACCUGGCCUUCAGUUCGCAGGGCGCCUGCAUGGCGCUACUCGCCGUACGAGUCUUCUACAGGAAGUGCUCGCCACUCCGCCGCGCCUUCGCCUCCUUCCCCGAAACCGUCCCCCAUUCACUGGUGGAGCAGGCUCAGGGUGUGUGCGUGGAGAACGCCGUGACCCCCCCUGGCGAGCACUCCCGACCUCCCAGCAUGCUUUGUGGUGAAGACGGGCAGUGGGUGGGGCAGCCGACAUCCAGCUGUGCCUGUCGUCCCGGAUACGAGGCGGGUGACAGUGACGAGCGCUGCCGAGGUGAGCCUAGACUAACACUAGUGGAGCUGAAACAGCUGGACUCCUUUAACCUUUAUCCUUCUAACCUCAGAUUCAGAUUCAGAACUUUAUUGAUCCCUGACACUCCUGACAGCAGAUUUACCUGCUCAGGUGUAACACCUGACAGUCUGAGCUCUCUGCCCCCAGGACCCCCAUCAGCCCCUCGCUCCCCCGUCAGCCAGAUCAACGACACCACGGUGACCCUGGAGUGGACCGAACCGCUGGACCGAGGAGGCCGAGGAGACCUCAGCUACAGAGUGCUGUGCUCCACCUGUGAGGCCGCCGCCCCCAGCAAGGGAUUGGUCGGUUCCUGCUCGCCGUGUGAUGACAGCGUCCUGUACCGGCCGGCGCAGCGCGGUCUGACGCAGCGCCGCGUCAUCGUCUGGGGACUCCGCCCACACACCAAGUACAUCUUCACCAUCCAAUCGCUGAACGGCGUCUCCGUUCUGAGCCAAUCAGAGCCGGCCUCGGCCAGGGUCAACGUCACCACGAGCAGAGACGGUAACGGACUGCAUUACCCAGAAUCCCUCUCACGGAUGAAGCUCAAGUCCGUCUCUCACCUGUGUGUCUCUCUGUCCAUCAGCAGGAGGAGGACGGACUCCAGCAUCAGUGACAAGAGUGGACACUAUCAGAUGGGACAGACGAUGAAGGUGUACAUCGACCCGUUCACCUACGAGGACCCGAACGAGGCGGUGAGGGAGUUCGCCAAGGAGAUCGACGCCUCCUUCGUGAAGAUCGAGGAGGUGAUUGGAGCAGGUGAGUUUGGUGAGGUGUGCCGCGGUCGUCUGAGGAUCCCGGGCAGGAAAGAGAACUACGUGGCCAUCAAGACGCUGAAGGGCGGCUACACAGAGAAGCAGCGGCGGGACUUCCUGUCGGAGGCGUCCAUCAUGGGUCAGUUCCAGCACCCGAACAUCAUCCACCUGGAGGGCGUCAUCACCACGUCAUGUCCCGUCAUGAUCCUCACCGAGUUCAUGGAGAACGGCGCCCUCGACAGCUUCCUGAGGGUAAACGAUGGACAGUUCACCACCAUCCAGCUGGUUGGGAUGCUGCGCGGCAUCGCUGCAGGUAUGAAGUACCUGUCCGACAUGAGCUUCGUCCACAGAGACCUGGCUGCUCGCAACAUCCUGGUCAACUCCAACCUGGUGUGCAAGGUGUCAGAUUUCGGUCUCAGCAGGUUUCUGACUGAAAACUCGUCGGACCCGACGUACACCAGCUCUCUGGGCGGGAAGAUUCCGAUCCGGUGGACGGCUCCUGAAGCCAUCGCCUACAGGAAGUUCACAUCGGCCAGCGACGCGUGGAGCUACGGCAUCGUCAUGUGGGAAGUGAUGUCAUACGGAGAGCGGCCGUACUGGGACAUGAGCAACCAGGACGUGAUCAACGCCAUCGAGCAGGACUACCGGCUGCCGCCGCCGCCCGACUGCCCCGCCUCCUUACACGUCCUCAUGCUGGACUGCUGGCAGAAGGAACGAGCCAAUCGGCCGAGGUUCUGCGACGUGGUGGCAGCGCUCGAUAGGCUGAUUCGAAACCCUGCCUCCCUGAAGGUGACGCACCCUGAGGGGCCCAGUCCGUCCCAGCCCCUGUUGGACCAGCGCUGCCCUCCUCCUCUGUCGGCUUGUGCUUCGGUCUCCGAGUGGCUUCGAGCCAUAAAGAUGGAGCGAUACGAGCAGAGCUUCCUGCAGGCCGGAUUCACCAGCAUGGACAUCGUCUCACAGCUCAACACCGAAGACCUGCUCAGAGUGGGCGUGACCCUGGCAGGACACCAGAAGAAGAUGCUCUCAUCCAUCCAGACGCUCAGGAUACACAAAGCUCCGCCCACCCUGCUCUACUGACCAAUCACAGCCCUGCACUGCCGUCAUGUCCAAAGCUACAGCAGGCCGCUCCAAGACCACUUCACUCUGAUCCGACCAAUGGGAGGACACCUAAGAGACUCCGCCUCCUCAUGGUCCAGUCAGAGUCCAGAGUUAAAGAAGCACAAUAACUGGUCUUUACGCUUCGUCCUGUUUGACUCAGGUGCAACAAGACUCGCCUACCUACUUAUCUGACCAAUUAGCUGGAGAGCCACCAAACGACACCAGCCAAUCCACUGCUCAGGAAACCAUAAGCCCCGCCUCCCUCCCUUUCAUACAAACCAUCAGCCAAUCAGCAUCCAGCAUGACGAGAACGUUGAAGGAUGUUCGAGGACAUUUUUGUCGUUUGGAUUUUAUUUCCUGCCUGUUUAACGAAGCCCCGCCCACUGCAGGAAGCUCAGCAGGGAUUGGUUGAUAGCAAGAAGCCUUAAAACAGACGGACGUUCUGGGCUCUGUUACAUCAUUUACAUCAUACACCAUUUGGGGAUAUCUGGGUUCCUCUGGAGGUUCUGUAAGUUCUCCUGCAGCUCUCUAUUCUGUCUUUAUAAUCUGUGAGGAAUGUUCUGGGGGAUCUUCAGAGGAAACCUUGGAGAACACUACCCGAGCUUUCAAAGGAAUAUGAGAACAUCUUCAUGUUUUGUCCAGAUUACUGUGGUUCCGUCACACAGCAGAACCCUCAGAAACACUUUGGUAUCUCCACCUGCAGUGGGUUGUUAAGUGGCUCCAGUGUAUUUUAUGGGUUCUCAGAGGUUCCGUACUGAGGGAUCUGGACCAGACUCAGAUUUUAUCUAAACAUCUGCCUUUUUAUGAUCAAACUCUGAACAGACUCGACAGUUUCACUUCACUCGUGCAGAUUCCAACUCGGUCAUCAUGAAAACAUCCGACGCUUGUUUUCAUGUCAGACUCAGUUCAUUCAGUUUUGACACGAAAGAACCAAACAGAACUUCUCUGAUGUCUUUAGAUCCCAGCGGGUGGAACUCUGUAGAGCUGGUUUGUAUUUUAACACUUUCUGUAUCUGAGAUCUGAUCACGAGUUUUAAUCUGAGCUCAAAGUUUUUAUACUGAACUUCCAUUUCAGAAUAAACCACAUGUUCAUUUGUAAAGAAAA